UGACACAUUCACCCAAGUGAGUCCCAGCUGACAGACAGCCAUGAUGCAGCGUGGUGAUUUUUUACCUGUCAAACAGCAGCAGUCUGACCGCUUAUCUAUUUACAGCUCUUUGCAGUGACAUUUGGACGUGUGGCAAUGUUCUUAGGCUGAGGAAAGAGAUAGUCAAGUAUCUUCUGUCUUUCUCUUCCCUGCUGUUUUGAACUGGGUGUGAGGAGGCAUUAAUGCUGGUUCAUAAGUUUAAACUCACUGCAAGUCUUAUUCUGAUUUCUGUUGUCAUGUUAGCAGUGUUGUCAUGGAACAAAGCAAAUGAUACUGUUACUCACAUUUUAUCUAACAGGAAAGGUAAAGCUUGACUUUACAGUUACCGCUGCCUGGGUAACGUGAUCUCACAGACUGGUUCCACGGUCAACUCUGUCGCCACAGUGCAUUAGUGGAAAAGGUUAACUACAGACUCCAUCACUGUGUGUCCCGGCAGCAGCAUGGCCAAGAGAACGAAAGCCAAAAGAGAGACUAAAAGUAAGAAGAUGACCUUGAAAAUGGCCCAGAACUGCGUGGAGCUGACAUUGGAUGGGAAACACCGACUGGAUCUCAGUUUCAAGGGGGUUACAGCUGUUCCAAAGUGCGUCCAGAAGCUCUUUCACAUGGCUGAAGUGGACCUGAGCAGAAACAUGAUCAGAAAGUUUCCAGAUUUUAUUGCUCAGUUCAUUAAAAUGACUGUUUUGGAUUUGCACAGCAAUUGUCUGGAGGAGCUCCCCGUGGCUAUCAGCUACCUGCAGAACCUUAAGGUUUUAAACCUGUGCAACAACCGUCUCACAAGCCUCCCAAGCGAGCUCGGCCUCCUGAAUAAACUCCAAACACUGAACCUGGGUCUCAACCAGCUGGAAGCUCUUCCUGCCUCCAUUGGUGCACUGGAGGAGCUUCGCCACAUUGGCCUUUCUGAUAACAGAUUCACCCGCCUCCCCGGCUGCCUCUUGAAGCUGAAAAAACUGGAGAGUAUCAAGAUGGACAGGAAUCCAAUUAUUGCUGAGAAGAUACCCACUGAGAAACCAGUCAGUAUUUCAGAGAGCUUUUACCUAGUCAAAGAAAGCUUCCUGUGCAAAGAGUGUCUGAAUAGGUGCCAAGCUGAGAGGAAGGAGCUGAGGGAGGAAUAAAUACCAUACUGUGUUCUUAACUCAAGAGUGCCUUUCACUUACAGUAGUGCAUGUUACUCUGAUCUGUACUCUACAUAGUACAUAGAUUCAAUUCAUAUCAGACAGUAACAGAAAACAUUGCAAUAUCCCUUGUAAGUGUAUUUAAAGAGUUAUACUUUUACACACAAUUUAUACAAUUACCAUGCUUAUAACUGCAUGAUAAUUAGAUACAAAUAAAGUAUUUUGACAGUCUGUUGGGUCUAGAGGGCAGCAGAGAGCACCCUUAUCUCUGAGUACCUGUCACUGACUUUAAACACUUAUACAAGUAAGAAGUUAUGUGAAAUAAUGUUUCAUGUUAUUAAACAUACAAACAGUAUCUUUUGCAUGUGAUCAUAAUUCAUUCAUCAUCAUCAUCAUCAUAUAUGGAAAAAAUUAAGUUCCUGAAGUCUCUAAACAAGAAAAGAAAGACACAGAUUCAGAGUUUGUCUCAUUCACCAAUGGUUUGCCUUUUAUUAAGGAAAUUUUCACGACACUAUCCAGAUCAAAGUAUUUUGCUUGCUGCAACAAAGCAUGGCGGUAUGAAAAUUAUUAUCUGUAAUUGCAAUCAGCAGAUAAUUUUCCUUAGAAAACCUUUGGAGUCAAAUGUGGCACAAAAUUGAAAUACCUGAUGUGAAAGUUUGUAUUCUACUAACUAUAUUUUCUUGUGUGACACCACUCUUUUUUGUUUUUGUUUUUUACACUCCAGGGACCACAAAGGUUCGUGAUAUUCAUAUUUGCUGCCAUCUUCUUCCUGAUGGGACUCUUCAUUUCAUGUGGCUUCAACGACACAAUCUAUCCUCCCUUCCAUGUGGACGUAAAUCACACGAUUAAACAC